CUCAGAGCAGUAUAUGACUGUGUUCGAAAUUACGAACUAUAACUAUGGUCAAACUGCUUCUCGCAUGAAAAAUAAUCAUAGCUAUUUCAUGUAUACUUAACCUCACGAUGUGACUUUGCUUCACAAACUUACACCUUACGAUAACUAAACCUGUUUGAACAUUGAAUAUCAGAACUCAUUCUGUUGGAGAUAAAUCUUAAUACAGACACAUGGGAUUAUUAUUUGUAUACCGGCGUCCUAGAUAAUUUCAUAUCUCGUUCAAAACCGAAAGAAGAAGUUAAUAAACAGUUUAAAAAUGGCGACAGGGGAGUGUGAAUUAACCUCGGAUGAAAUGUUUGUUUUUGAAUGCACGCUCUGUGUUAAAAGAAAAAAGAAUGGAGACGCUGUGAAAUACUGUGCAGAAUGUCAAGGUUACUGUUGUCGAUCUUGUGUUGAAAUGCAUAAAGAUAUCCAUGCCUUGAUAAAUCAUAAUAUGUUGAAAAAAUCAAGUUUGAAGUCAACGGUUUUAAGGACCGAAUUAUCAACUGUACUGAGGAAAAGAUGCAGCGUUCACGAAACGGAGGUUCUAGAAAUGUACUGUCAGAACCAUGACGAGUUUGGUUGUUCAACCUGUAUGGCGUUAAAUCAUAAGAAAUGCGAAGAACUGAAAUCAGUAUCGAAUAUUGUUGACGCUAUAUACAAAAAGUCACCCAUUAAGGAAACGUUACUCACUUUAGAAAACAAGAAGACAUGGAUGAAUACAGUAAAGAAGAAUAAAGAAAACCUUCUGCAAAAGCUUAAAAAAUCGAAAGAAGAGGCGAUUGAUACAAUAAAAAAAAUCCGUCAGGAAGUAGAAUGUCUCCCAAACGAAAUGGAAAAGGAAUCGAUAAAGGAUGUGGAAAUGGAAUUAAGCAAAAUAAAAUCCUACCUGCAGCAUGAUAUCCAUAUGGCUGAAAAGGAAGUAUCUGCUUUACAGAGUGCUAAAGAUGGCUUACAGAGAGCAACAGGUAACGAAGCUGAAGAACGUUUUUGGAUGAGGAUUGCCCAAAUGCAGCUUAAUAUUACAGAAUCAGUCAUUCAGUCUUUACAUACCCAAACAGAUAUGAAGAUGUUAUUUUCCCCAGACCAAGAAAUUAUCAAUUUUCUUCAACAAAUGAUUGAGUCAUUUGGCAUUGUCCAAUGUUAUAGUCUGGGGACGUCUAAUUCAAGAAAAACCCUGUAUGCAGUCAAAGCUACCAGAGAAGUUAAUAUCAGGACGCAAAAUGAUACCAAUACUUGCUGUGUACUUGGUUCAUGCUUUACACAAGAUGGCAUGCUGUUGCUAGCUGAUUAUAAUAACAAAACAUUAAAACUUGUCGAUUUGGUACAAAUGGUUGUAGUAGAUCGGUGUAACCUUGGCAGUAAGCCUUGCGAUGUGUGUUGUGUAACAAAACGGGAAGCUGUCGUCGGUUUGACAAAUAACACAGUUCAGUUUGUCUCCCUCGGUAACCAGAUGGAAUUAUCACGACUAAUUAAAGUAGACCAUAUUUGCUAUGGUAUUGCUUACCAUGAUGACAGACUGUAUAUUACUGACGGUGGAAAGUCGCUGUAUAUACACGACAUGACAGGUAAUGUGUUGCAGACGGUAACGAAAGACAACUCUGGUAAUGAUCUAUUCAAGUGGAGCACACAUGUCGCUUUCAGUGAUACUGGAGAUAAACUAUUUGUAACUAAUGGUGACGAUGGUGUAGUAGCUAUUGAUGCUAAUGGAACAUACAUCAAUACAUUCAAGGAUGAAAACCUAGCCGGUGCCUUUGGCGUGUGCGCGGAUAAUUGCGGGAAUAUCUUUGUCACUGGAUAUAAUUCGCACAAUGUAGUUCAAAUGUCGCAAGAUGGAAAAGAACGAUUUGGCGAGGUCGUAAAAAAGACAGAUAGAAUAAGUCUUGCAUAUUCUAUCACAGUGAAUACAGGGGACGGUACAUUAAUUAUUACCCAACAGGACAAUGAUAAAAUAAAGGUGUUUGAUAUACAAUAACUAGCUACGCCUUUAUCUUUAUGCUGAGCUAAAGCUUUGCAUUUAUUUUUAAGAUUAGAAAAACAGAAGGUCAACAGAUUGUCACGAUAUGAUACAGCUAACAAAUUUCGGUGGUUGUGAUAAGCAUCACAAAUGUCAAAAAGCUGAACAAAUCCAAGAUAAAGAUUACAGAUAUAUUGGAACAACGAACACAUUUUUAAACAAUAUGAAAGACUUCUUGAACAGACAAGAAGCAAAGAUGAUAAAUAAAGGAAUUGCAAACGACCCGUACUUGUCUUGGAAGAAAAGCUUAAACGGGCUUGAAGGACACAAGACGAAUUAAAGACCGACUUAACAAGUCUUGGAAUGCAGUAUUUUAUAUUUUGUCACGUUUUUGAAAUUAUUUUCAGUUUUUGAAAUUUUCAAGUUAAGUGCAACAAUUAUGUUGUCAGUAAUGUAUUGAAAUAUCAUUCCAAAUGAUACAUUCUAUCCACUUUUCAUCUGAAUACACAUAAUUGUUGUAUAAUAUUUAAAACAAGAGAAUCAUGUAGAAACUGAGUAUGUUUUAAUAGUAAUACUUGAUCUCUCUGAAGUAUAUUGCAUUUAACAUAUUGUAAGAAAAAUAUUCGAAAGAAAAUAUCCGAUUAAAUAAUCAAAGUUA